AUGCGCGCCAUGUUCGGCAUAGUGCUCGAAUGCGCGCGGGUUCUGGCUGACGUCACACCUGCGGGCAGUGUUGUGGAAGUCCGCGAGCUGAUUGCCCGCUACUCCACCGACGUCAUUGCUUCCUGCGCCUUCGGCAUCGACGUUGACAGCCAGCACAACCCCGAGGCGGAGUUCCGCCAGUGGGGACGGCGCUUUUUCAAGCCAUCUGUCCGUUCUUACCUGACUCAGGCUCUGGGAUUCUCUAAUCCCAAACUGCGCAACCUGCUGCCAAUACCCUUCACACCAAAGGACAUCACAGAGUACUUUACACGCGUCGUUGAUGACACAGUCAAACAUCGAGAGAAGACUGGCGUCAUUAGGAAGGACUUCAUCCAGUUGAUGGUUCAGUUGAAGAAUAUUGGAUACGUUGAUGACAGCUUCUCAAUCACUGGGCAGCAGAGUACUGAACGUAAGUCUCCUUUCUCAGCGUUUUCUUCUUCUCUUCUUCUUCUUCCCAACAAGGAUCAGGCCUUCGUAACCUAUCCUGGUUUCACAUAA